AUGGUUGAACCUGUGGGCAACCACUAUGUUGUAGCCAGACCUGUGUACUCGGAGAAUUUGUUCAAUGAAGAGCAUGAGAAAUUGCACAGAUACCAUAAAACCUUUUGGGAUCACCUGAAACUCUGUUUUCGCUGCUCCCCACAGAGGGUCAAAAAAACUGCCUUGGGUUUGUUUCCCAUCGUCUCGUGGCUGCCAGCAUACCGCUUCAGGGAGUGGGUCCUGAGCGACAUCAUCUCUGGCAUCAACACGGGGCUCGUGGCUGUCCUGCAAGGUCUCGCCUUCGCUUUGCUUGUGAACGUUCCCCCCGGUUAUGGACUCUACGCAGCAUUUUUCCCCGUUCUGGUCUAUUUUAUCUUUGGCACAUCUAGACAUAUCUCAGUGGGUCCCUUCCCCGUCCUGAGCCUGAUGGUGGGAGCAGCCGUCGUCAGGCUGGUCCCCGAUGACAGUGCUGGAAACGGCACUUCCACGAAUACCUCAGCAAUAAAUGAGGAGAGGGUGAUGGUGGCUGCAUCUGUUACCUUUCUUUCCGGGGUUUUUCAGUUGCUUCUGGGGAUUCUCCAGUUUGGAUUCAUCGUUAUUUAUCUAUCACAAUCAUUAAUCAGCGGUUUCACGACUGCUGCAGCUAUCCAUGUUGUGGUAUCUCAGCUGAAAUUCAUGCUUCAACUACCUGUCCCUGGAUUUAAUAAACCAUUUGGCAUCAUCUAUACUCUGGAGAGCGUUUUCAGCCAGAUCACAAACACAAACAUCGCUGACCUUGUCACAUCCCUUGUUGUCUUGCUUGUCGUCUUCGUGGUGAAAGAAAUGAACGAUCGAUACAAAGCAAAGUUACCAACUCCCAUCCCAAUCGAACUCCUUGUGACAGUCUUAGCAGCACUGAUUUCCUAUUUUGUUAACUUCGAAGAAAAAUUUAAGGUAGCUGUCGUUGGAAAACUAGAGGAAGGAUUUCAAGCGCCUGUUGCACCUGAUGUAGGUGUCCUCCAAAAGUGCAUUGGCGACAGCAUUUCUAUUGCAAUCGUUGGGUUUGCAGUAGCCUUCUCCGUGGCUAAAGUGUAUUCCAUCAAACAUGACUACCCACUAGACAGCAACCAGGAGCUAAUUGCUUUUGGGCUGGGUAAUAUAGUUGGUGGAUCAUUCAAAGGAUUUGCCUCCAGCACCGCUCUGUCAAGAUCAGGUGUGCAGGAGAGCACGGGAGGCAAAACACAGAUUGCUGGUAUUAUCUCAGCUGUCAUCGUCUUGAUUGUGAUCUUGGCCAUUGGGUUUCUCCUGGCACCAUUACAGAAGUCAGUCCUUGCAUCUUUGGCUCUUGGCAACUUGAAAGGAAUGCUCAUGCAGUUCAAAGAAGUAGGCAUCCUAUGGAGAAAGGACAAGUAUGACUGUGUUAUAUGGGUGGUGACUUUCCUAGCUGCUGUUUUUCUUGGCCUGGAUAUUGGGCUAGCAACCGCCGUGGCGUUCCAGCUGCUGACCGUGGUGAUCCGCUCCCAGAUUCCAAGCUGCACUGUUUUGGCUAAUGUUGGGAGAAGUAACAUCUACAGGAACAGGAAGGAUUACACUGAUAUCUAUGAGCCAGAGGGAGUGAAGAUUUUCAGGUGCUCAUCUCCUAUCUUCUUUGCUAAUAUUGAAUUCUUCAGAGAGAAACUCAUCACUGCUAACUCAACCUCAACAGUCAUAAGAGAAGGUGAACAAAAUCACACUAUCAAUCAAAGAGGUCUUCAUGUCUUCCAUGACAACCUGGGCGAAGGCAGCCAGUCUUUGUCUAACCAGCACAGAGAGCCAGGACCCCUGAGCCCUCACUGUGCCAGGGAGGCUCGCCAUCGCCAGCCUGAACCGAACUUGCAAAACAAAGGAGAUGUUGUAGUAGGUGCCUACUACCAAUCUCCCAGCCAGGAUGUAAGCACUGAUGAGUUAUUCUAUAGUAUGCUAAUAGCAAUAGGAGGUCUAAAGAAAACAUUGGAGAGAUACUUGUUGAAAGUGGUCAUCUGACUAAUAGGGACGAAGAAAAAGUGGAGUCAUUCAAUGUGUUUUUUGCCUCAGUCUUUAAUAAUACUGAUAGAUCUUGGUCAGG